CGUUCUUCUCAUUUUCAGAUUUCCUUCCUCCAAAUAUCUUAAUACGGAAACUCUUUAGCCAACACUGAACUUUGUUAUAUAGACCGGUGCGGAUGGGCAGAGAGAUUUUUUCAAGGAUCAAAAAGUUUCUUUCAUACACAGCUUCGGGAGCUACUACUACGAGCCCCAAAAGCCGAGAUGACGUGGAUGUCCGGGAAGAGUACGCCAACGCAUUCCGUACGGAAUCAUACAACCAGUUCUGGACACGUGUCACUCAGUUAAGCCACAAGAAAUCCGCCACGUGUUCACCCAUCGAGUCGUCAUCCACCUCAGCGCGGCUCAUGUCCUAUCGUCUCUUCGCCCAAAAUCUCCUCGACCCGGAUCCGAUCACCGUUACCCGGAUAUUGUAUCUGACCCGGACCCGACGCCUGACCCGAUUUCUUUUAUCGAGUUACUACUCGGAGACAGCGAAUGCAUUUCUAAUUUGCAGUAUUUUGCUGAGAAGCGUCGACCGUAUCCGCUCUAAGUACGAAUCUUUAAAAACCCAAAUCGAAUUUAAAGCUGAUCCGUUGGAUCUGAUUAAUCAAUUCAUGGAGCUGUCGAAAUGGUUCCGCCCGUUUGUCUCGUCGGGUUUCCGGAUUCGGGUCGUCCAAAACAACUGCUCAAACCUACUUAACCGGCUUGAAUCGAGCCGAGACAAGACCCGUACCAAACUCCGGUUCAUUAACGGUUUACGGCACGGUUCGGGCAUGUUCGUCGUGGCACUAACUACAACAUUGAUUGUAACCAUAGCUUCUCACGCUUUUGCUCUGUUCAUAGCCGGUCCAAGUCUCCUAACCGCCAGAUUCAAACCGGCCGGUCUGACCAAGAAGCUUAUGAGAACCGCGGCUCAGCUCGACAUAGCGGCGAAAGGGACGUACAUUUUGAGCCGGGAUCUGGACACGAUAAGCAGGUUGGUGAGCCGGUUUAACGACGAGGUCGAGCACGCACGAGCCGUGGCCGAGUUCUGGGCGGUGAGAGGGUUAGACCGGGUUCGAGCCAAGGAAGAAGUGGCUCGACAGAUGAAGAUGACUGGUGAGAGCCUAAGUGAACAACUUGAUGAACUUGAAGAACAUCUUCACUUGUGUUUCAUGACCAUCAAUAGGGCGAGGAAUCUUGUCGUUAGGGAGAUUCUGGAUCCGGGUCGACCCGGUUGCUCUCUGGGUCCGAAAUCCAAGUAAAAAUUGGGCGAUUGUUGUAAUGAUUUCAAUUUUUUUUCUUCUAAAGAUUCGAUUUUAUGUUUUUCUUUUAGAUUUUUGGAAUCCAUAUAAGUUCUAAUA